AUGCCGGACGCAGACGCAGACGGAGGCGUUGCGGCGGGCGGCGCUGACGGCCACAGGCACCCUGGUCGCGGGGGCACGGCGGCAGUCGUGGCUGGUGGGGCUCCUCAUGUCGCGCGGGCACCGCACGCCCCAAGUCCGGGCAGAGAGGCAGUACCUGCGGACAUAAGGCCGGGAAUCCAACCACACAUAUUCGCCCUCAGCGUGCCUUUCCCGACCCCUUUGGAGGCGGAAAUCGCUCAUGGGUCCCUGGCUCCAGAUGCCGAACCCCACCAAAGGGCGGUUGGGAAGGAUCUUACAGUGAGUGGCUGUAUCCUGGCCGUCCGCUGGGAAGCUGAAGACUCUCGCCUGCUCCGAAUUGCCAUCAUCAACUUUCUUGACCAGCUUUCUCUCGUGGUGCGGACCAUGCAGCGCUUUGGGCCCCCUGUUUCUCGCUAAGCCUAGGCUGGGAAAAGGGGCAGAAGUCUGACCUUGUGUCUCCUAGGAAGUGCAUCAUUCCUUAGGGCAAUGAUUCCCACCCACAGUAGUUGCUACUUUAGUGUGGGGGCCUAAGGUUUGCCUGGAUCAGCUCUUGAGUGCUCAGGGUGCCCUUGUUUUGUUUGGUGCUUAAAUGUUUGUUAUGGCAGGAAAUAAAACUG